GGGGUCUCCUUCUAGGGGGUCGCAAAGCGAGGGGGACCUGCUUAUCCACCGGCUGUUCCCCGAAUGCAAACGAGUCUGCGCUUGACUGGAUGGGACCCUGUGUAUCCACCACGGGCUCCAGGGCUGGGGAGAGCUAUGGGGAGCGGGGAUCGUGGGCAGAGAAACAAGGGGUGUCACAGGGAGACUGGCCCUUUAAGAGAGAAGAGGCCCAUGCCCCUGUGACUGGUCAGCUGCCUCCCAGGUGGGCUUAAGAAAGGAUGGGGGGGGGAAGGACAAGGAGAGAGGUAGGGGGCAGAGGUACAUCGUAUCGCAUGGAGGGUAGGACUAGCUCAAGGUGCAAGCCAUUGUUGGGGAGAACAGCCUAGAGCUGGGGAGCCCAGUUGAGUUUUGGGAGCUGUUGUGCUCAGACCCCUAGGAACAAGGGGAAGAACAGGGCCGGUUAGGGGGCACUAAGCCUGAACCAAGAGGAUUUGAUGCUGGAUGGGGGAUCUGGAGUAGGACUUCAAGCGAAGAGACCCGUGCGGUGGGAUACCGCGGGGAGCCCUCUCCUGGGAGACCAGACUGGGGGCUCCAGGGGAAGAGCGAAUCUGGAGGCCCUCAGGGGCAUGGCUGGAGAGUAGAGCCUGGAGCAGGGGCAAAGAGCCGGGAACAGGCUGGAUACACUCCAUGGAAAGCGGCUAUGGCUGUCCUUCGGGGGUUUGGGCAGACCAGUUUUACCAUGAGGGUUCUGCAUGUUCCUGAACAUGUACACGAAUACACCGUGCCCAGAGGUGGGCCUUGAACUGCACACUGAGACACUGUAUUCCUGUCUAGGGGCGAUGGAAGGGGAAACGGAGGCAGAUGUCCCAAUUGUGCAGCAGCCUUGGGCCACCCUGUUCCAGGUGCAUGGAAGAAGCAAAGGCUGGCUGCAUGGAGCUGGGGUGGACAAAGGAGGGCUAUGCAGACAGCUGUAGGGAUGGGGUGACAGGCAGGCAGGGAUAGCUGAAGCGGGAGGUGGCCAGAGGACAGUUGUUGCGGUGGUGGUUGCGGUGAAGUGGGAAUUUUCUGGGCUAUUUUUAGGAAGCUGGUGUGUGCCUCAGUUUCCCCUCUUUGCUGCAUUGUUACCCAGUGGGGUGGAAAAGAACUGUUUGUUCUCAAGGCAGGUGAAGAGACAAGUGGCACUAGCUGUCUGGGCCUGAGUCCCCAUAUCAAUUGAGUGUCUGAGAAGACAACAGCAAACUCAAUCUCAGGGCGCUGACAGCCAGCGAACAAGGGAUUGCCCGUCUCUGGCAGGGAAGCUGGGCAAGGAUCCCAGGCUGCCAAACACCGGCCUGGAAGGCAUAAGAGAAGAACUGGCUGCUGGAAGGAGUCAGGCCUCUCGUCUGGAGGAGACAGUGGAGUCUGAGACCACAUCCAAUGCCUAUACGAGACCCCACCGAAAUCUCAUCCACCCCAUAGCAGGACCCAUGUAGGCCGCGUCCACCCCAGUCCAGCCAGACUCCCGAGAGACCGCGUCCACCCUCUGCAGGACCCCGAGGAGCUCUGCGCAUGAGACAUGGCACAGGCUGACGUCUGCCACCUCCCGUGAGCUGCCCCUGGCAGAAUUAUACAAAGGGCUGCUGACCCUGCUUAGUCUCCGUGACCCAUGUAAGAAGCAGAAUGGCCUUCCUCUGGGUCCUGCCCUGUCUCACCUUCCUGGGCUCUGCCCAUGGCUGCAGCCUCCCUGCCAUCCAGCCUGCCAUCAGCGGCUAUGCACGAACCGUGAACUGUGAGAUGGCGGUUCCUGGAUCCUGGCCCUGGCAGGUCUCCCUGCAGGACAACACCAGCUUCCAUUUCUGCGGCGGCUCCCUGAUCAGCGAGAACUGGGUGGUCACCACUGCCCACUGCAGCGUCAGCACCAGUGACCGUGUGGUUCUGGGGGAAUUUGACCAAGGCUUUCCGGCUGAGGAUGUGCAAGUCCUGCAGAUCGCCCCGAUUUUCAAGAACCGCAAAUUCAGCAGUCUCCAGUAGAACGAUAUCAGCCUGCUCAAGCUGGCCACCCCAGCCAACAUGACGGACUGUGUGUCCCCCUUGUGCCUGCCCGAGGCCACUGACAACUUUCCCAGAGGCCUGACCUACGUGACCAGAGGCUGGGGCCUGACCGAUCCCAGCGCUCAGAACACCCCAGAUGAGCUGCAGCAGGCGGCCCUGCCCCUGCUGACCAAUAUGCAAUGCAAGACCUACUGGAGCUUCAGGAUCACUGACGUCAUGAUCUGCGCCGGCGCUGCUGGAGCCUCCUCCUGCAUGGGCGACUCCGGCGGCCCCCUGGUGCGCCAGAAGGACAGUGCCGGGACCCUGGUGGGGAUCAUCUCCUGGGGAAGCAGCACCUGCUCCCCCUCCGUGCCCAGCGUUAACACUCAUAUCACCAAGCUCAGGGCCUGGAUUGACCAGACCAUCGUGGCCAAUUAACGGAGCAGCACGUUCCCAGCGUGACGGGUCAAUAAAGGCACAUCAGAGACCAGCU